CCGCAGCCGCCGGCAAGCAGCCAGCAAAACAGGUAUGUGACAGAUGCCGUCGCCACCGCCGGUUAAUCCGCAGCGGUUGUCGCCGGCGGAGUCCCGGGUGCGGACGCUGCACUUCUUCCACGGCCUGGGCGUGGACGUGCCCCUCCCGGCCUCGGCCGAGCGCGCCGACGCCUACGUCGCGCUCGUCCGCGCCAUCGUCUCCUCUGCCACCGUCUCCUCAUCGCGUGUCUCCUGCACCCUCACCAUCUCCCCCGGCGUCGCGGUGAGCGCCCUACUUCUGUCUCUCUCUCUCCCGAGUCCUGAUUACCUCCGGGCCGGCGGCCCGGCGCGGUGGGUGCAGAACCAGUACAACACGCUCGACGGCGGCGCUGUGGCGGCCGUGGCGGAGACCGUCGGGUUGGCAUGCGCACGCGCCGCAGCGGGGGAUAAGGAGAUGUUCCUCGGCGAGCUCAGCACCGCGUACCUCGCCGCCGCGCGAGUCAACUCUGAAGUGGACGUUGAAGCGCAGAUACUGAGGAAGGGCAGGUCGGUUGUGGUUACCACUAUCGAGUUCAGACUGAAGGACACCAAGAAGCUCUGCUACACAUCUCGGGCCACCUUUUACAUAAUGCCAGUGGCAAGCCUAUGAACAAUCAAGAUUUAUAUGUGCAAAUUGUUGUAUUUACAGGACCAGAUUCAGUAUUGUGUGUAAUUAAAUCGGAGAACGCAUGCCUGUCUUAUUAAUAUGAAAUAAACACCAUAUCGAUUCAUGAUGC